AUGGCUGCCCCAGCUUCCAGCAACAUCAGCAACCUCGAGGGCCGUUGGCUCAUGAACCACACCCUCUCGGAUAGUAUCGAGCCCGGUCUCUCCCUCCAAGGCAUCUCCUUCCUCCUCCGCAAAACCAUCACCCUCGCCUCCGUCACCCUCGAAAUCAAACAAUUCACGGCCCCGCCCAAAGCCCCCAACACCUCGACGGACCCCGUGACGCACAUUGACAUCCAGCAAAUCGCCACGGCCGGUCUCAAGGGCACCCGCGAGGAGCGCUGCCUCGACAACACGUUCCGCCCGCACUCGGACUGGAUCUUCGGCAGCGUUAGGGGCCAGUCGAGGUGGAUCUCGCUCGAGGAGGUCGAGGACGAGUUUCUCAAGAAGGGGUGGACCAUCGAUGACGCUGAGGAGGCUGGCCCCGAGGGGAAGAAGCAUGUUUUGAGUCAUGUUGAGAGCGUCGAUAAUGGGUGGACGGCGACGCAGAUUUGGGGGUUUCAGGAGGUCAAGGGGGAGAGGAGGUAUGUGAGGAACAUUGUUAUUAAGAAGGGGGAUAAGAGGGUUGAUAUGAGAUUGGUUUAUGAUUAUCUCGGUCCUCUUGAUGCUUGA